AAUCGAUGUAGACUUCUGUCGAAUCUGUUUCUCGCUGUAGUUAGUGAACAAAUCGUGCAGGGAACACCGUCAGGAUGUUUUAGAAGUUUAACUGAAGGUCUGAUUGAUUCAGAAAGUUGUGGCUGCGGUUCGAAGUUCAUGUGGAAGUGUGCUGUGUCAGUAAAGAAGAAUAUCGCGAGAUUACAAUAACCCCCUGCGUCAUAAACUCUCGGAAGAGCGCUCUUUUUUUUACUACACGUGGAUAAAUGUCUGUGAGAGCUUAGUGAAUAAACAGGGGAUACCGCGCGACGAUGGCGGAGAAAGUGUCAGACAGUGUUACAGUAAAGUGUCCGGUUUGCGCCGGUGACUUUGAUCCGGACAGAAUCAACGCGCACUUGGACGAGUGUUUACAGAGCGGUGAUGUUCUUCAUCACACAGCAGCUCAAGAUGAACCAUCGGGACCUCCGUCCAAAAAGGCCCGCACUAACACCCCAGACGCCCAUCCAGCUGCUGCAGUCUUCUCCGUGUUCCAGUCCAGACCCAAAGCGAGCGACCAGAAACAGAGGACCGAACCAGAAAGCUCUGCUCCAGGGCUGGGAGUGAUGCUGGAGAAACCCGAGUGUGCAGAUGGAGCUGGUGCAUCUCCACCAAGAGCGCUGAGGCUGAACAAUCACAAACCCUUGGCAGAAGUCUUGAGACCCAGCUCUCUGGAGGAGUAUUUCGGGCAGAACAAGCUGCUCGGAGAGCAGACCCUGCUCAGAUCCCUGCUGCAGUCACAGGAGAUCCCGUCUCUCAUCCUCUGGGGGCCACCCGGCUGUGGAAAGACCACUUUGGCCCAUAUUAUCGCCAGUUCUGUUAAGAAGAAAGGCACGGGACGUUUCGUGACGCUCUCGGCCACCAGUGCGUCCACCAGCGACGUGCGAGAGGUCAUCAAACAGGCCCAGAAUGAGCUGCGUCUGUUUAAGAGAAAGACCAUUCUGUUCAUCGAUGAGAUACAUCGCUUUAACAAAUCCCAGCAGGACACCUUCUUGCCUCACGUGGAGUGCGGGACGAUCACUCUUAUUGGCGCCACCACAGAGAACCCGUCCUUCCAGGUCAACAGCGCGCUCCUGAGCCGCUGCAGGGUUCUGGUUCUGGAACGGCUGUCGGUGGAAGCGAUGGGCUCGAUCCUGCGCCGGGCUGUAGACUUUCUGGAACUGCAGGUGUUGGACGAGGAUGCUGUGGAGCGGGACGCUUCAGCGAUCUGCUCAGAGCCUGAGCUCGGUGUGCUGUCUGUGUCCAGAUCUCAGGUGUGUAUCGAGCAGAAGGCGCUGGACACGGUGGCGUACCUGUGUGACGGAGACGCUCGAGUCGCUCUCAACGGUCUGCAGCUGGCGGUGCAGGCGUGUGUCGCGCAGGUGCGCACCGCUUCAUCCAAACCCCAGCCAAUAACAGUGCGUGAGCAGCACAUUAAAGAAGGACUUCAGAGAUCCCACAUCCUUUAUGAUAAAGCAGGUGAGGAGCACUAUAACUGCAUCUCAGCCCUGCACAAGUCCAUGCGAGGCUCCGAGCCCAACGCUGCCCUCUACUGGCUGGCCAGAAUGCUGGAGGGCGGCGAGGACCCGCUGUAUGUGGCCCGCAGACUCGUCCGCUUCGCCAGCGAGGAUAUCGGUCUGGCAGACCCGGCGGCGCUCACUCAAGCCGUAUCAGCGUUUCAGGCCUGUCACUUCAUCGGCAUGCCUGAGUGUGAGGUCAUUCUGGCACAGUGUGUGGUUUAUAUGGCCCGAGCGCCCAAGUCUGUGGAGGUGUACAAGGCCUAUAACAACGUCAAGUCCUGUCUGAGGAGCCAUCAGGGUCCGUUACCGUCCGUUCCCCUCCACCUGCGCAACGCUCCCACCAAACUGAUGAAGAAUCUGGGCUACGCCAAAGGAUACAAAUACAACCCAGACUGCAGAGGACCUGUGCAGCAAGAAUAUCUUCCCGAGGAACUGCGCGGUGUCAACUUCUUCACCUGGACGCCCCCCAGUCUAUGACUGAUUGUCUUUCUAUGUUUGGAGUUCUGCUGUUGCCUUUAUCACUGUUGCUGUAUCUCAUACUUAUCACAGCGAGAUUUCACGCCGUUGGUCCAUAUUGUGAAUGAAUAAAUAUACAUUUGCUUAUAUUAUACAGAGUUUUAUGUAAAACAUGAAGAUUGCAGCAACUGAUUUCCAUUUUUAUCUCAGGUAAGUAUGAAAUUAAUAAAUAGAAACAAUGAGAUUGUACUUUUUAGUGCAUAAAAAUACUGGUGAUUUGGCUUUACUCUCAAAUACACACUAGAGGACGAGACUUACAGGAAACAGUUAUUAGUGACAUUUAUAUUAGUUUGGCUUCUGCUUCCUUUGGUUUCCUCCAAUAUUCGAAAGUUGCAUCCCUGACAGUUCAUGUUUCAGCUCCAUUAAAUGUUUGCACUGUUGUUUAACACUCUUAGCUACAAGCACGCAAUAAUGUUGUUUAUCAGCAUAUGCUUUACUGAAAUCUUUCUUUUUCUGCACUGAAGAUGUUGCACUUACAAAUCAUUUUGAAUUUCAAGUCAAGUUGACUGACCGUGCUGAGGUCAGUGUAAUUUUCACCCGUCAUUAAAAGGAUCGUUCAUCUAAA